AUGCUAAAUAAUCCUGCCGUUAAUCCUGCUACUAAUACUACCAAUACCAUUAAUAAUAUCAAUAGCGCUAAUAAUCCUAGUAUGUCUAUUCCUAUCUCCAGUAAUCCUAGUAUGUCUAUUCCUAUCUCCAGUAAUCCUAGUAUGUCUAUUCCUAUCUCCAGUAAUCCUAGUACUAUUAUUAAUAACACUGCUUUCAACGGUACUGUUGCUACUAAUAGUAAUACCACUUCGUUCAAUGGCACUGCCGCUCACAGCAAAGAUAUUACCACUGGCAAUGGCACUGUCCCCAAUGGCAAAGUUCCUAGGCCUAGAAAUGCAUUUAUAUUGUUUAGACAGCAUCAUCAUAAAUUACUAAUUGAUGAAUUAAGUAGUAAUGAUAAACCCAUUCCUCAUAACAGCGAGAUAUCAAAGAUAUUGGGUAAUAAGUGGAAGGCAUUGAAUGCAGAUGAGAGGAAGCACUGGGAAGAUUUAGCUCUAAUGGAAAAAGAGGAACAUGAAAGGAAGUUUCCAGACUAUAAGUAUAAGCCCAUAAGAAAAAGAAAAAGAAACGGAAAUGGUACUAGUAACAAAGAAAUUAAUGAAAAAGAGACCAACGCUAUCACGAAGAAAAAAACUAAGAAAAUGUUAAAACAGGAACAGGAACAGCAAAACUUGCAGGGCAUUAAUUUAGCUAUGGAUAAACCUAAAUCUAAUAGAGGACGUAAACCGAAACAUAAAUUGGCAUUGCUGGACAACCAGCAACAACAGCUUAACACUGUUAGCACCAUUAAUACUAACACUCAUACUGGUAAUACUGUGAAGCAGGACUCCUACGACAACUCUAGCAGCAUGAAUGCCAAUAUUAUGUCUAUUAAUGGUUUUGUUACAAAUAAUGCCCAUUUAGAUCAUCAUCUUAAUUAUGAUAACAACAUUGCUGUUGCAAAUACUGCCUAUUUGAAUAAUAACAAUCCGUAUAUGAAUAAUGUGAAUGGUACCAUUCUUGAUACAACUGCUGCAUAUGCUUACACACAUCCUCAUUAUGGCAAUAAUGCCACUACCACUGCUACCGCUUAUUAUUCACAACAACAGCAGCAACAACAGCAGCAACAACAGCAGCAGCAGCAACAGCAACAGCAACAACAACAACAACAACAACAACAACAACAACAACAACAACAACAACAACAACAACAACAGGUGAAUUAUAAUAAUAUUACUAAUACUAGUAAUAGUGGCAAUGCUGUUGCUGCUUCUGCUAGCAACAACAACAAUAAUAUUCAUUUGACUCAUAGUGGUAUUGUUUCUGAAGAUCCUAUGAUGGUGAGAUAUAACAGCAUCGGUGGCCCUGUUGCUGCUAGUGUUGCUGCAAAUACCGUUAACAAUAGCAAUACUACAGCACCAUUAGCGUAUAAUAAUGCAUAUCUCCAACAACAACCACAAUCUGUUUUGAAUGUUAAUACAACUAACUCAAAUUAUUACGAUUAUACCGGAGGCAGCACCAAUACGCAUACAAAUGGCGCAGUUUAUAAUAAUCCGACUAAUUAUUACAUGUCUUCUAUUAAGAAUAAUACUGCAAGCAAUAAUAAUAUACAGAAUAACAAUAAUAAUGCCGGUACUAAUACGGGUACCGCUAGCAUCAACGAAUCACCAUCAAGUGUACCUGCUAUUCCAUCUACUGUGGUUAAUAAUGCUAAUAACAAUAAUAAUACUACUACUACUACUACUACUACUAAUAAUAAUAAUAAUAGCACCAGCAGCAAUAAUAAUAGCAACACCAAUACCAACAAUCCUGUAAUGUUACCACCAUUAUAUUCUCAUAAUCAAUGGAACAGCGGUAUUGCUGCCACUACAAAUACUAUAGAUCAGCAACAACCAUACGAUAAUAUUAACAAUGCAGGCUUUCGCUACGAUUAUGGCAACAAUAUUAAUAAUAUAUAUUAUAAUAGCAGUACUAUACCUUAUGUGAACACUAGUACUACUAGUAGUACAAUGUACCAACAACAACAACAACAACAACAACAACAGGCAGGUACAAAUAAUUCGACAACAGGCACCACUAGCACCGCUACUAAUAAUAACAAUAAUACCUCGGCUGCUACUGCUGCCACCAGUAAUAAUGGUUAUUUCCAUAUUCCAAGUAAUGGUGGCAAUAAUAAUCUACAACAUGUUAUGAUGAAUGGUUAUGGAACAGGUGCUAAUUUGCCACAACAACAAUUUCAAUGA